AUGGGUAGGUCACCUUGCUGUGAGAAAGUUGGUUUGAAAAAAGGUCCAUGGACUCCUGAAGAAGACCAAAAACUAAUUGCUUACAUUGAAGAAUUUGGUCAUGGAAGCUGGCGUGCAUUGCCUUCAAAAGCUGGACUUCAAAGAUGUGGUAAGAGCUGCAGACUAAGGUGGACUAACUACCUCCGACCAGACAUCAAAAGAGGAAAGUUCAGUUUACAGGAAGAGCAAACCAUUAUUCAACUUCAUGCUCUUCUCGGAAACCGAUGGUCAGCCAUAGCAGCUCAACUUCCAAGGAGAACAGACAACGAGAUAAAAAACUACUGGAACACACAUCUCAAGAAAAGGCUAACAAGAAUGGGAAUAGACCCGACAACUCACAAACCAAAAACCGAUACCACAUCGGGUGGAAGCAGCAACUGUCAGUACUCCAAGGACUCCGCAAAUCUCAGCCACAUGGCUCAAUGGGAAAGUGCUCGUUUAGAAGCUGAAGCGAGACUCGUUAGAGAAACCAACAAAAUGAAAGUUCAAAGACAACUCGAGUUUGAAUCCUCCAAACCUCAAACACCUGCAAGACUUUUUCUCAACAAAAUCACACCGCUUGUUCAGCCUUCACUUCCACCUUGCCUUGAUAUUCUCAAAGCAUGGCAGAGUUCUUGGUCCAAACCUACACAGAGCAACGAAACCUUAAACAGCAACAACAGUAGCAGAAUGCAUAGUAUGUAUGCUAUGAUGUUGUCUAAUGAUGAAAAUCUUGAAUCUCCAACAUCUACUUUGAACUUCCCUGGAACAACUCUGCUUCCUCUGCCUCCUCUUCCUGUUCCUGUUUCCAUUCCUAUGACCAACAACAACAACAACAACAACAUUGUACCAUUUAAUCAAGUUCCACUUCCUUUAACCGACAACACUAACAAUGACGAUGAGAUAUGGAAGCAAUUCAACUUAACAAAACAGAACACAGAAGGUGAUCAUGAAGACGAUGAUAUAAUGGCGGCGGUUGAAGCAUUUAGAUCAUCCUGUGGUGGAUUUGACAAUAACAUCCCUCCAAUUUCAUCCAAUGUUCUUCAAGCUCUCGAGGAUGGAAACGGUGGCGAUCAUGAAAACUUGAAUGAAAGUAGCAGCUUGAUGUGUAACGUGAAUCUGGAAGAGAAUAAGCAUUAUUGGAAUAGCAUACUUGGUUUGGUCAAUGAAUCUGAUGAUAUGAACAUUGUCCUUGGAUGA